AUGUCAUCAUUAUACUAUGGCGACGACGAAACAAACUCUAAUCAUAGACACCGUCAUCAACCAGUAAACACAUCGGUCGUCGUUAGCAAAUCUCAAGAUAACACGUUCCCUUGUCCCGAUUGUAGUAGUGUUUUUAAGCACAAAAGUAGCUUGGUCACACAUUUGAAAGCCGAAUGCGGCAAAAGAAAACUAUUCACUUGUAACGUAUGCUUUAAAGAAUUUAGCUAUAAAUCAAAUUUAAGAUCACAUAUGGAUGAUGGAGACAUGAUAACCGAGUACGAAGAAGUGGAGUACAUCUACGGAAAUCCUCAACCGCCUAAUAAAAAGGUAUCCAAGUCGAGAGAAAAAGGCAUAUUUCCGUGUCCCGAAUGCGGCACUAUUUUUCAAUACAAACGUAGUUUGUGGACUCAUUUGAAAGCCGAUUGUGGCAAGAAGAAGUCUUUCUCGUGCGACGUGUGUGGCAGAGAGUUCACUUAUAAACAGAACCUGAAAACUCAUAUGGGUAUCAAGCAUAAUAUUUUGUUGAAAAAAAAUAAUAUGAUGAUCUACGGUGAUCCACAAGCUCGAAUAGCCGACUCGGUUUGCCAGUUGCAAGACGUGUUCUCGUAUUCCAGUUGGCGCGAUGCCUUUAAAUCGAAGCCCAUCUCGACAGCUUAUUCGAAAGCGAAAAAUGAGAAGAAAAAGCUAUUCACUUGCGACGUGUGUUUUAGAGAGUUCUGUAGUAUAUUAUGUGGUCGUGAUAGACAAUCGCAUUCGCAAUUAAUAAAGACAUCAGGCACGUCAAAUUGGCAACAAGAAUUAUUCCCAUGUCCAAAUUGUCGUAGCGUUUUUAAAUAUAAACGUAAUUUAUCGACGCAUUUGAAAACCGAUUACGUUCUACAUCCCGAUGAUGAUGAUGAGACUAGUUACAGACAACCACACUGGGUACCCAAUGAUGAUUUCGAAACUUUGCCUAAUGUGUUCCCUUGUCCCGACUGUAAAAGCGUGUUCAAGCAUAGACGUAGCUUGGCGACUCAUUUGAAAGCUAUUUGUGGCAAAGGAAGGUUCUACCAGUGUCAUAAAUACACCCUACAAUGUGAUGAUCCUAAUUACAGACAAUCAAAUUGGCCACACGAAGAAGAUUUCGAGACUUCGCCAGAUGUAUUCCCUUGUCCCAACUGUAGUAGCGUGUUUAAACACAAAGCCAGCUUAUCAAAGCAUUUAAAAGCCGAUUGUGAGAUCGCCAUUCGUGGUUACAAAUAUGAUGAAAUGAAUUUCAAUUUAGCGGAUCCAUUAUUAUUAUCACCAUCACCAUCAUCAUCAUCAUCAUCGCUGAUGAGAAGUACCACAAACGUAUCGCAAGAUGAGCUUUCAUGUCACAAAUGUGGUAAUUUGUUCAAAUACAAACAUAGUCUGAGGAAUCACAUGAAAACCGAUUGUGAGAUCGCCAAUUGUGAUUGGGAAUAUGACGAAAUGAAUUUCAAUUUAUCGGAUCCAUUAUCAUCGCCACCAUCAUUAUCAUCAUCAUCGUCGCUGAUGAGAAAUAUUACGAGUACAAACGUUUCGCAAGGUGGGCUUUCAUGUUACAAAUGUGGUAAUUCGUUCAAAUACAAACAAAAUUUGGUAGCUCAUGUUAAAACCGAUUGUGCGUUUCAGCCUUGUUUGGAAAACACCAUCUCGAAUAUCGGAGCAUCAUACGAGGUUGAGAAAAAGCCAUUUACAAUACAAAGAUCUCAGAAAGGAUUUAAGUGUCCUAAUUGUAGCAACUUCGUAUACAUUCAGAGUGUAAUCGAUCCUCAAGACGGACAAAGUACAAAUGUAUGGGUGAAUACGAGUACUGCCGAGUUACCAGGGUUAUUAUCGUGUCCUCAUUGUGGGAGUGUGUUCAAGUACAAAUGCAACUUGACGACUCAUUUGAAAGCCAGAUGUGGCCAGAGAAAACCGUUUCAAUGUGAUGUCUGUUUCAAAUCGUUUGGUCGUAAACAUACUUUAAGAAGGCAUAUCAGUUGUGUGCAUAAAAUAGUACCGAAAAAAUAA